AUAGCACGUGUUUGAAUCUACAGCCACCACCAAUGCUGUUAAUUAAUUUUAACUGACACUAAUCAUGUCAAGGGCGGUACCGAAGCAUAUUUUUAGUUGUAGCAUAGAUACUGGCAGAGCAUCCGGGGGCUGCAAUCCACACUGAGAGGCUGCACACUGCAUAUUAUGAAGGAAGCCUUGCUACUGUCUGCGACAUGUCUUCUGCUUUUGUGUUUGCACGGCGUUUGCGCAGUGGAUUGUGUUUGGGGCGGUUGGAGUUCAUGUAGUGUUCAGUGUGGAAAGGGUACCAGAACUCGGCAGAUCAGUCAAGUGGCCAGUGCGAGUGGUCACAAUUGUACAGGACCGUCAACUGAGAGUUGCAUAGUCACAUCUUGUAUGGCUUCUGAUUUAGCUGUCAGUGUAGGAGCAACAGUGACUCUGAGCACACAGUAUAGCACUACUACGCAUUUGCCCAAAUUGGCGAUAGAUGGUAAUUUAGCAAGUGAUGGUUGGUUAUGUGCUGCCACAGUGAUUGCAACUAAUCAGUGGCUUCGUAUUGAGUUGAAGAAGGAGUACUUUGUGUCAAGUGUUGGGGUUAUCCUGCCUACUCCUAGAACUACAAAUGUUAAUGUUCGUGUUGGUAGUGACUUAACAGACAAUGGGAAUGCCAAUCACAAUUGUGGAACGGUUCCAGGUGCCAACUCUCUGAGUUGGAGAAAUGUUAGUUGUAAUCCAGCAGUUUGGGGAAAAUACAUCAAUUUACAACUCUCUGAGUUGGAGAAAUGUUAG